CAACUCGCUCUGGAAGCCUAUUCCUAGCACAUCGACAGAUUCAGGCUGAAUCCAUCCGGGCACAGCCACACCCUCACCCAAGAAUGGGUGACACAGCAGUUGCUGGGGACGGAUUCAGCCUACUCCCUCGUCAUCGCCUAAGUCCCUACAGCCUACAGCUACAGCCUACUCUCUCGUCAAUCAGCUUACAGCUUACAGCCUCGUCGUUGUACUCAGGUCGUUCUACUCUUGUCUCGUACUCUCGCACUCCCUCAUCAUUGUGCUCCCUCAUCAUUGUGCUCCCCUGUUGUUGUCCUCUCUCGUUGUUGUACACCCGUCAUCGUACUCUCUCGUUGUUGUACUCUCGUCAUAGUACUCGCUCGUCGUCGUAAUCCUAUUACUAGUACAUGGAGGUAUUAUGGCGUAAUACCUCUGUUUUGGGCAAGACUAGACCAUAAGCGGUAGGGAUCGCCGGGUCUGGGGAGGGGCCACGGUAUCAAGAAA